AUGCCCUUUCAUCUAAAAAGAAUCCGCGAGGACGCCAGGGAGGAAUGGAUGGACAACGAGGUCCAUCGAUACUAUAAUAUGCCCAUGAUAAUCGUGCGAGCCAAGCCUCACAUCCUGAUGCACUGCAACGUGUGCCGUGACACUGCUUCACUUUUAAAGACACCGGUCAGUAUCGACAAGUGGAUUAACGCCGAAUAUUUCAUUUGGGAGAUGUCCGCACGGCUAGCUGACAGCGGCGUAAACCCACAGUGGACGAAGUUCUUUGAAGAACAAUACAAGGAAAAAUGGGUGCAGAUCCAGGACGAGUUUGAGAGCAUAGCCGAUCUCCCCGAGAGAUUCCUUCACAAGGUUCCGGUCCCGCCCUUCCAGGUUGCAGAGGUGAGAAUCAUGGCUCAUAAAUCCCCGUGUUACUGGCGACUCCGUGCGAAUACAGGCCGACACAUGAUUUACACGAGCUUCUGGCAUCUUUGGAAGUGGAUUCUCAAAGCAGGCUCGCGCACUGUUGGUCCCUUUGAUGUCGCUCUCAGAUUACCAUCACACACUCCUGUCUGGGAGGACCCUGUUGAUCCUUGGAAUAUGUCUCUCUCAAACGGUCCCCCUGGUAUUGUCAGCCGUGAGGAUGUUUCCUAUCUUCGCUGGGACGGCGCAUGCAGUGAUUCCGCCCCAUUGGAUUUCACGUGCCUCUCUGGGGGAGUAUAG